AUGCCUGGAAUAUCUUUAUGUCCUGGAUAUCAUCAGGUCGACGCGUUCGGACCAAACGAGGAAUAUGAGUCCGAGGAAGAGAUCACAUAUGUGACCCUCGACCUCGGCGCUGUCGAGCCAACGCUGGUCCCAAGCAGUUCUUCGUAUCGUCUCAUUGGACUCGACACUCCAACACCCUAUUUGCAACUCUCAGGCACUAUAUUCAAGGGCCAGCACCAGUCUCUUUUAGGAACAGAACUGUUGUUUACGGACGCAGACGACGAUCAUCCCGAUCGCACUAAGAAGUCGCUCGUGCCCGUCGGCACAACGGAGCAGCGCAUCCGCUUCAAACAAGUUGAAUUACGAGAGAAAAAGGAAGCCUCUUCUCCUGAGCUUCAGCCAGUGGGACAGGUGAACAAGGCGAAGACCAAGCGAGACAGGAUCCCGGGAACCCUCGACGAGGUCGCAGGCAGCAGUGUGCCAGAAUUCGCAGCAUCUAAGCCGCGCAAGGGACGUAAAAGCAAAGCAGAUUCAAAGGGGAAGGGUAAGGAGACCUUACAGAAAUACCUGCAACUGAAGGCGCGGUCCUUGAACAUAUGGACCAUUAUGGCAACUAAUUACGGCCCAAGAAAAAUAUUGUACAGUCACCUAAAGGUAGAUGCAAUGGCAAAUGAGUGA